AAAAGUAACUUACUUCGAUAUUCUGUAUCCAACAAUCAAAACGCUUUGUCCACAAAUUUGUUGUUUCCCAGGGCAUUUCGUUUGUCGCAACGUCAAGCGGUGCAUUUUUGCAUUUUUGCAUUUUUUUUUGUUCGCAUUUCUGCUUGCUCAGGCCUGUUCUGUCAUCACUUAGCAACCAAGCGCUGUCUUACCGAAGACCAGUGUUUUAAUACGUUGCAUUUGGGACUCUGUGCGAGCAUCUCAAUCCCACAGCAGGUUCCUUCGUCGCGUCAAUCGAAUCUCCGCAUCAUCCACACAAAACAAAUAUCAUGUCAUACAACAACCAACAAUACGGCGGCAACCCGUACGGCCAAGCUCCCUCGACCGAGGCGGGCUAUGGUUACGGAAAUGGCGGAAAUGAACAUGAGAUGCAGCAGUAUGGCCAGCCGCAACAACAACAACAACAACAACAAAACGGCUACGGUUACGGUCAACAACAACAAGAACCCGCCGGACCGCCCGUCAUGUCUCAGCAGGACUUCCUCGGCCAGGUGACGUUUACGCGGGGCGAAAUCAACAGACUGACGUCGGACGUGCAAACGAUUGCGACACUGCACUCGCGCUCGUUGCAAGGCGGUGAUGCAGGCGCGCAGCAGCAGCUGGAGCGACAAAUCGCAGAGACGUCGCGCCGCACCACCUCGAUCCGCACCACCAUCAAGCAGCUCAAGAAGGAUGUCGAGCACACGCAGGAUGGCAGCCGUUCCAUCAAGGAGAGGCAGUGGAACACUCUCAACGAUACUUUCAAGCAGGAGCUGAGGAACUACAUUCAGGAGGAGCAGCGCUACAAGGAGGGGUACCGCGAGCAGAUUGCCAGGCAGUACCGAAUCGUCAAUCCGGAUGCGUCGGAAGAGGAGGUCCGUCGGGCAGCCGAUCAGAACUGGGACGAUGAGGGAGUCUUCCAGCAGGCUCUUAGGCAAAACCGGGCCGCCCAAGGCCAGGCCGUUCUGGGCGCUGUUCGUGCUCGCCACAACGAGAUGCGUCAAAUCGAAGAUUCGAUCGUGGAGCUGGCAAAGAUGUUCGAGGAUCUCGAUACCCUUGUCAUCCAGCAAGAGCCUAUCGUGCAGCGGGUUGAACAACAAGCCGAGGACACGACGCAGAACCUCAACCAUGCCAACACGGAGGUCAAGAAGGCCGCCGACCACGCCAGGAACCGCCGCAAGCUCAAGUGGUGGUGCCUCGGCAUCACCACUGUCAUCAUUAUCGCCAUUAUCGUUGCCAUUGUCGCCGCCGGCUUCGCAAAUUGUUGGUGGCCGUCUGGGAACUGCAAGAACAACAACAACAGCAACGGAAACGAUGGCAACACCAAGUAGAAUGUUGGGAGACGGAGUGUUGCGAAGCAACCGAUAUGAUAAUUUCUAUAUUAAGACGUGUUGCAUUUGUCAAAGCAAUGCCAAGGCAUGACUCGGCUGCUUUGGGGAUGAGAUUUUACAAGCAUGAUACCAAGUUUAGCGAGAGGGACGCGAGAAUGAUGCUUCUUGAUAACCGAAUGGUGCUUGGCUGUAUAUUCCGCUUGGGCUGCCAACCAACGGAUGGCAUAGGGGCUGUAAUAGGAUAACGUACAUAUAAUUCGACGAUUUUUUUUUCUCACCAAAGCGA